AUGACCUACAUGUUCCCUGGCGUCUCCAUUCCUUCUCUAGUAACAACUGAAGGGGAUUCCGACUCACAGGCGGAAGGCCACCACACGGUUGCGCAUCGCCUCAGCUUAAACCAUGGACCCGAAGUUUAUCGAACGGUCAAGCUAAGCUCAAGAUCCGCCAGACCUUCGCCGGUCACGCCUACGGAGUCGAAUUUGGAACCACAGACAGACAGCUACAGCUUCAUGCUACACCAGUCUACACCCACUGGCGGAAAUCAUCAAUUCCUCAGUGUAAAACGGCGUAUGCAGAACCGUGCGGCCCAGCGCCGAUUUCGCCAACGCAAAGAAGACCAGCAGAAGAGCCUCAAGCAGAAGACCGUUGAUCUCGAAGAAAAGUACCAAGAGUUGUCGGACCGAUUGCACGAAAAGUCAGAAGAAGUGUGUCGGCUCCUUCGAGAAAAGAAUGCGCUGAAAUGCGAGAUACAAGAUCUGCGCAAGCGAUGGCAGAUGGUGGGACUGCUCCUGCAACACCCCAAAGGGCCGCAGUCUCUCUCCUCGCUCUUUGCAGCGGAUCCGCCGUCUCUUUCUGGCUCUUCACAGACGGAACCCGCCGCCGCGGACGAAUCGUUACGCCGAUUGGACGCGUUUCUGCUGAUGCCAAAUGACAAAGCCGCACUGCCCUAG